GAAAGCAAGUGUUUGUUAAAAUUUGAAAUGAAAUCCUCGGAAGUCAGUGAUAUCGCACGGAGUACGGAAUCGGUAUUUUCUGAAUUUGGUUCGAGCAUUCCAUCCGAAAUUUUAAGUGAUGUUCCAAGUGAUGUGAUUAUUGAGUCACGAAUAAAGUAUGGAACAAAAUGGCAAAUGUUUGAGGGCUUUAUGAUGGAAUACUCAAAGAAGUCCUCACUGCAUGGUGUUCGUUAUAUUUUUCAAGGGAAGAGACCGUUGAUUGAAAAGCUGCUUUGGGCUAUUAUGUUUAUAGCUUCGGUAGUUUUUAGCUGCGUGGUUAUCAGGCAAAUACAUUCAAAAUGGAUUUCUUCUCCAGUGAUUGUGAGCUUUGAUGAAACAUUAAUUCCAAUCAAUAGAAUACCCUUCCCAACAAUCACAAUUUGUCCAGAAUCGAAAAUGGAAACGGAAACAUUCAAUUUUUCCAAUGUUUUUGAAAGGUUCAAUAUGAAAAACGAAAGUAUAACAGAAGAAGAAAUGGAACAACUUUCCGCUGCACUUCACAUUUGCGAUUUAGAAGUAGUUGAAGCAAUCACGGAUCUUUUGCCAGCUGAAUACAAUAAACAUAUUGGCGAGACGUUAAGCGAAAUAGCAGUUUCAAAAAAUACAACGGCACCCAUCUGUAAAUGGGGUAAUCGAUUUUAUUUAUGUGAACACAUUUUCUCGCUAGUUGCCACGGACGAUGGAAUAUGUUAUCAGUUUAAUGGGAUGCUAGCAGCUGACAUAUAUCGAAAUGAGAGCUAUGCUACUAAAAUACCAGAUGAUGUCCAAAUAGAUUUCAAUAAGUACAUUGAUCGCCAACCCACGGAUCCUCCCAUAGAAUACCAAGGUUCUUGGUCUUUAGAAGAAGGAUAUAUUAAUCAAACAGAAGAAGCCUACCCACUUAGGACAAUCAUUGCUAAUGCAAGAACCGCAUUUGUUGCUUUGCUUCAAGGCCUCGGACAUAAUUUAGACUAUAAGUGUCGAAGCUUGAGACAAGGCUAUAAAGUUUAUUUAAACUCGCCUCAAAACGUUGUAUGUUCGACCAGCAACUAUUUUUUAGUUCGCCAUAAACAGGAAUUAAUUGUUCAAAUUUAUCCUGUCUAUACCACGACUUCGAAAGGUGUCCGAAAACUACAUCCUGAAUUGCGACAGUGUUUUUUCAACAACGAACGGUAUUUAAGAUUUUUCAAACACUAUUCGGAGAGUAAUUGCCAAUUUGAAUGCUUGACCAACUUAACUAUAACGAAAUGUGGAUGCGUCAAAUUUUCUAUGCCUCAAAUCGAUGGAAUCAGAGUUUGUAUUCACUCAGACAUAGCAUGUUAUAACGAAGCUGAAGAUGAUCUCCUCAAGGAACAGCAAAUGGAAAUUCAAGAAUCGUUAAAAGGGUCUUCAAAGCUCAAGAGUAGAUGCAAUUGUUUGCCGGGCUGUGUAUCACUAAGUUAUAAUUUUGAUACAUCUCAGGCUCGCAUGGAGGGCAUGGGUACAAUUGAAGCAAAGAACGAUUCAUAUGAUGAGCAUCCAGAUUUCAUGUGGUCAAGACUGACAGUGUAUUUUAAAGAGCAACAAUUCACUGCUAUGAAACGAAGUGAAUUGUAUGCUGUGACGACCCUUAUUGCGAACUACGGAGGAGUCUUAAGCCUUUCUAUUGGAUUCUCUAUAUUAAGUAUCGUUGAAUUAUUUUAUUUUAUUACUAUACGUUUAAUAAAUAGCUUGAAAAAAAGAUCUAACAAAAAUAAAACAUAAAAAUUGUAAAAUGUUUGUAUCUAUGGUAGAAGCAUAAAUUAAUAUUAUUAUAUAAUUUCUAUUAAUUUGUUAAAAAUGUUUUCAAUUUGUAAAUCAAAUUAACAAAUAGACAAAGCAAGAUUGCCGUCUGCCAGAAAAUAAAUUGCUCUCAACAAAAUGGUCAAAUAAAUAAUUGGUG